UAUACGCUUUUGUAUUCAAUUCGAAUAGAGAGCUUGAAGUAAACGAAUCAAAUUUUCGCGUACGGUUGGGCGCGAAUUACCGAAAUAUAAACAUAAACGGUGUGCGUGAGUGAGUGUUUGUAUACGUGUGUAGCCCAGCAAUUGAGCGGUCGCAAAUGCAACAAUAAAAUACAAAAUACAAAAUAUAGCAAAAAAAUAAUGUAAGAAAAAUGCAGUCAAGUUGAAUUUCUUAUUGUUUAUCGAAUUGCUUUUGAAAUAUUUGCCGCAUUUUAAUUUUUGGUGUGAUUGUGUUUUCGAAACGCUUUUGAGAAACAACAGCGCAUUUGCUAUAUUCAAUCGGAAUGGCAAGGGAAGUGUAAAUCGGUACGCUGUAAAGGUACACACCAGGUUCGAAUACAAAAAGUGCAAGUGUGCGGUGUGGGGCAAAGUGAAACGCUAGAAAGAAAGAAUUUGAAUUGAAAAAGCAGCGGAAAGUGCAAAGGAAGCGUCGAAAAACUGAUUGCUGUGCGUGUGCGUGUGUGAGCUCAGUAGCAACAGGAGGAGCCCUACAGUGCAUAAACAAAAUAUCAAACGUUAAGUGUUGAAGUUGUACCAUUGGAAAGGCGAAAAGCAAACAGUAAAGCAGUUGCUGCUGGUGACAAACAUCAAGUUCAAUCUCAAAUUGGAAAACUUGCAUUCUUUGUUCAAUUGGCGCAUACCUUUAUGUUUUUAAGGGAAAAAGUCAAAACGAUUUGCCAAAAAAAGAUAAAAAUUUACGCAAGCAGAGUGUAAGUGAUGACGGAAAAAUUUUUUUAAAAUAAAACGAGUGAUGAAACGAAAUGCCAAAACAAGUUGAGAAAAUUGAAGAAUUUCAGUGCGGCUGCGCGACGACGAAAACGAAGCGUGCGCGUAACAGAGACGAAACGAGUAUGAAGGCGAAGUGAACGGCGCGAGAGUACGAGUGAUCGAGCGCGAACGAGCAACAGCGAGAUUGAAGAAGAAGCAUAAUUGCACUUGGUUCAGCAGCGAGAGCAGCAACGCGGCAAAGUUUUGUCUGCGUAUGUGUUUGCGUGUGUAUGUGUGUGUAUGUUGAGAAGAAGGUGCAGCGACAGUUGCCCCAACAGCAGCAAUAGCGCCAACAACAAAUGCACAAUAAGUAAGCAGAGCAAACAAUAACAAUUGGCGAGUUCGAUGCAAAGGAAUUUAAACGAAAAGCAAAAACCAAAAAAAAAAAAUAAGAAAAUACAAAAUUCAAAUAAAAAAGUGAGAGGUAACGAAGAAACACUAAUAAAGACAGGAAUUUUUGUGCGUGAAAAGCGAAAAAGUGUACGAAAGCAGGCGUAUAAUGUAGCGAAAAAGUGCGUUUGUGAUUUUAUGGAACAACGAUAAGUUUCGUCACUCAAGUGUCAAAAGCAGAAAAGUAAGCGAAAAUAUACAUAAAUGUUUGCGGAGAAAAUAAAUUUCUCAUUAAUUUGUUGUAUUGUUUUUUUUUUUGAAAAUUAUUUUUAAUUGCUUAUGUGCGCUAACUUUUUUUAAUUUUCGCAUUAUUAUUAUAAUUUUUGUUGCUCAAUGAAUUUUCGCUACACAAAGUGUAAUUAAGCUACAUUUUUUUUUGAUUUGUUGCCAAACAAGCAGAGAAAAAAAUGAAAUAAUUAACAGUUUUUGUUUUUAUUUACAAAUUAAAUCACAUCAAUUUCAAUCAAAUAAAUCACAUUCUUUCAAUUUCAAUCCCUUUUGGAAAUUAUGAAGAAUAAUCAAACGAAAACCUCAAACAACAAUAACACCAAUAACACUAAUAACAACAACAACAACAGCAACAGUAAAAAUUUAAAUUACCUAAAUAACAUCAAUAAAAAAUUCAAUAACACCAACAAAGUGAACAAAGCCACUCAAUCGACCACAAGCAACAAUACUAACAACAAUAAGAACACUUAUCAUAUAAAUAAUAAGAACAAAAAAAAUAACAAUAAGCGCACACUACGAUUGGGUCGCAAUAAAAUGGGCGGCCGCAAGGAUGUGCGUCGCGGCCUCGAGCCACUGGAAUUCGAGGAAUGCAUUGUCGAUAGUCCAGAAUUUCGUGAUAAUUUGAAUCGGCACGAAAAGGAACUGGAUCACACUAGUCAUCAAAUCAAGCGUAUCAUCAAGGAGGUGAAAGAUUUGAUGAGCGCCGCUAAAGGUGAGUCGAGAAAGAAAGAAAAAUAAAAAAGAAAAAAAGAAUGCAAAUGCACUUAGACAGUUGAAAAUAUAAACUGUACAUUAUGGUAAUGAAUAUUAAUUGUAUGUUUGUUUAAAGAGCUCAAGAUAGCAAAGGAGGAAAAGUUUGGGACAAAGUGAUCGCUGUGUAGUGGGGGAAAAAUUACG